AUGAGGUACAUUGCUCUGGUCCUGACCUCCCUGGUAGCUGCUGCAGUUUCUGGGCAUCCAUCCUCGCCACCCAUCGUGGAUACUGUGAAUGGCAAAGUCCUUGGGAAAUAUGUCAGCCUAGACGGAUUUGCACAGCCCAUGGCCGUCUUCCUGGGAAUCCCUUUUGCCAAGCCCCCUCUCGGAUCCCUGAGGUUCUCUCCACCGCAGCCUGCGGAGCCCUGGAACUUCGUGAAGAACACCACUUCCUACCCUCCCAUGUGCUCUCAAGAUGCAGUGGGUGGACAGGUGCUCUCAGAACUCUUUACUAACAGAAAGGAGAGUAUUCCCCUCAAGUUUUCCGAAGAUUGUCUUUACCUAAACAUUUACACUCCUGCCGACUUGACGAAGAGAAACAGGCUGCCGGUGAUGGUGUGGAUCCAUGGAGGUGGUCUGGUGGUGGGUGGAGCCUCGACUUAUGAUGGACUGGCCCUGUCUGCCCAUGAGGACGUAGUGGUGGUGGCCAUUCAGUAUCGCCUGGGCAUCUGGGGAUUCUUCAGCACUGGGGAUGAGCACAGCCCAGGGAACUGGGGUCACCUGGACCAGGUGGCUGCGCUGCACUGGGUCCAGAAAAACAUCGCCAAUUUUGGAGGGAACCCCGGCUCAGUUACCAUCUUUGGAGAGUCUGCAGGAGGUAUAAGCGUCUCUGCUCUGGUUUUAUCUCCUCUGGCCAAGAACCUCUUCCACCGGGCUAUUUCUGAAAGUGGUGUUGCCUUUGCUUCUGUUCUGUUCAAGAAUGAAAGCAGGUCUGCCGCUGAACAAAUUGCCAUCUUUGCUGGGUGUAAAACCACCACCUCAGCUGUCAUGGUCCACUGCCUGCGCCAGAAAACAGAGGAUGAACUCUUGGAGGUAACGCUGAAGAUGAAAUUCUUCAGUAUUGAUUUACUUGGAGAUCCCAGAGAAAGCUACCCUUUCUUGCCCAUGGUGGUCGAUGGAGUGUUCUUACCAAAGUCACUCGAAGAGAUUGUGGCCAAAAAACAAUUCAACACUGUCCCCUACAUCAUCGGAAUGAACAAACAAGAGUUUGGCUGGAUUAUUCCAACACUGAUGGGCUACCCACUCUCUGAAGGUAAACUGGAUCAGAAGACAGCUGCAUCACUGUUGUGGAAGUCUUACCCUCUUGUUGCUGUCCCUGAGGAACUGAUUCCUGUGGUCACUGAAGAGUACUUAGGUAGGACCGACGACCUUGCCAAAAAGAAAGACCUGUUCCUGGACUUGCUCGGAGAUGCAAUGUUUGUCGUCCCGUCUGUGACUGCAGCACGCCAUCAUAGGGAUGCCGGAGCCCCUACCUACGUGUAUGAAUUUCAGCAUCGCCCAAGCUUCUCAUCAGAGAUGAAACCCAAGACGGUGAUAGCAGACCACGGAGAUGAGCUCUUCUCGGUCUUCGGGGCCCCAUUUUUAAAAGAGGGAGGCACAGAAGAAGAGGUCAAACUUAGCAAGAUGGUGAUGAAAUUGUGGGCCAACUUUGCUCGGACUGGGAAUCCCAAUGGAGAGGGCCUGCCUCAUUGGCCAGCCUACGACCAGAAGGAGGGAUACUUACAAAUCGAUGUCACAGCUAAGGCGGCCCAGAAGCUGAAAGACAAGGAAGUGGCUUUCUGGACGGAGGUCCUGCCCAAGAAGGCAGCAGAGCAGUCCUCACAGACAAAGCAUGUGGAGCUGUGA